UUGUUUCGAAUGCCCACCGCCAUUUAACAAGAAGAAGAAAAAGACGUUUGUACAGAAAGAGUAGUAUUAUCAACAAAAAAGGUUUUCUUUAAUUGCACUAGGUACAGUGAUGACACAUUUACUUCAUUGAUAUCAAAAUGUCGCUAGACUUGGAAAAGUGCUCGAGAAGCCUAUUAACGUGCGAAAAAUCUAACUUCCUGAAUGAACAAUCACGUCAUGAAAUGCACGUGUCAAGACACUGUUUCAACUAUAAGAUUUCUUUGCUGUUACCUGAAUGUGAAGUCCUACCUGUCAGGGUAGCAAACGUGAUCCAUAGUUUCAGCUCAUAUUACCUUGUACGGGAUCUGCCAGUUUAUAAAUUCCUGGAAGAGAAAUGGCUUGCAACAGUUGUCAACAAAGGCAGUUUUUAUGCUCUGUCUUGCAAAACCAGAAUUGAUGAAGACAACGUUUGUGCACUUUUGUCCAGUGGUCAGUUGAUACUGUCACUGGACAAGGACACAUAUGAGCAACUUGGCUUGGAGGGAAGACCAUCGUUAUACAGUCAUAAAAAGGUCAUGAGAUAUGUUGUUUCUGUGGACCUCACAAAUAAAUCUUUGGUCCCUGGCACAAAGCGAUACCAGCAAGUUCUACUGUGUUUGAAAGAAAGGGUGAUGCUGAGAAGUGACUUCCUUUUGACAACAUGCCACCCAGGAGCAGACAAAGAUGGAGCUCUACAUAAUCUGCUGUCUCAGUACACGUAUGAGGAAUGUAGACCUACACUUCACAGCCAGACUCUGAAAAAUCUAUUCUGCCCAUCACUUCAUCACACAGACCUGCUGGGAAAGGGUCUUUCAUGUACUCCAAACCAAUUCCUGGAGUGGCUAGGAGCAGUGAACUUGAAUAUCAGUUGUGAUAACUCAGCUGCCAGUUUCCUGUCUACAUUUAUGUGCCCAGAGCCUAGAGCCCCUGUGAGUCAAGCCCUGCUCUGCACAGUCACUGGGCUCAUUCCUCCAAAAGAUGUCUGUAGACUGCUGAAAGAACUCAGAUGCUAUUUUGCUGAGCCAAACUUUGCAGCAUGGGUUUCACUUACUGUGCAUGGCUUUGUGGAUAGUCCUGUAUCCUGGGGAGCUGCAGAGCAUGGAUUCUUCAAAGGUGGAGAAAACUUCUACAAUUUUGUUUGCUUCAAGAACCAGGACUACUGGUUACACAAGGCUGCUGGUUCAGAAGAUGCUUGCCCUCCAUGAUGUACUGGACCUUGAUUGGA